AUGGACUUUCCCGGAGGCGCAACCACCAACAUACAUCUAAUAGAUGGAUUCUCCACCAUCUACUGGAGGAUCUACACUGAGGAGUCUGGCAUUGCGACUCAUCCUCAGGAAGGGCCUGCCAAUGGCUAUACGAUAUUGAAGCAUCUUGGCCGUCUCAAGAAUCUAGAGGCGCAAUUGAGACAUAUAGGUUGCUUAGCAUCAUGCCCAAGACGGCUAGGCCUCUGGGUAUUCUCUCCUACCCCAACAUUUGAAAGCCUGGGGCCAGUUUACAUCACGGAUGGAGACGUCGAGACGACAAAGAUUUUUUUGAACACAACCACUCUCAAAGUCUCGGCAUCGGGAAGUAUCGCAUGCCAAGAGUUGAUAAAGGGCCUCUCAUCCGAGACUCAAAAUCAACAAGGUUCUCUACCGACGCCAUCACAACGACCGCAACAAGCUCAACCUUCUGCGCGUCGAUCUGAUGGGUAUAGCAGCUCUGUUGCUGUAUAUUCUGCCUUUAUUUCAGCUGUCACCGGUGCUUUGAGUUUGCAUCUUGUUCGCACUUAUGGUGCUUUACCUAUUGGUUCACGAACCCUUUUUACUGCAGUGGACAAUAUUGGAUAUGAAAGUCCCAGGAUUGACAAUGAGGGUCUCUUCUCUUCGCCAAGCUUGACAACGCUGAAUGUACAGUUGAAUGCACCGGGGACCUUGACCGUCUCUACACAAACCAUCAUUCAGGCUGGCAUUACGAGGUUAUCUUCCCCCCGCGACGAUAUAUCAGAUCUGUUUCGAGUACAGCCAGGGGCAGAUCUUUGGCUAUGUCCUAAUGGGGCCAUCGCCAGACUGGUCACCGCGAACAUCGAGUCACCGACUGUUCCUUCGCCUGGGUUUCCUGCAUCUGGGGAUACGCUCGCCAAAAGAAUGCAAUGGAAGCUGGACGUUGUGCAAUGGUUGACGAAUUUCGGUUUGCACAUAGAUUCAAUAGAUGAGGAACCUUGGGUUGAGGUGGAAGUUUGGGAACCCUUCUUUGCCAGACUUGCUGGCGAGGCAUGGCGCCAAAGUGACGAGCCUCAGUCCGCGCUUCCAUUGAAACGCAUGCUUUGGCCAGCAAGGUUCUGCUUUCGAAGAACCGGUUUGCCGAUACGGUCUGCGUGGCCAGAAGCACCUCUCGAAGAGCCUCUUGAGUUUGCGGAGAGGUGGUCUUCAGACGCAGGGUCUAUGAAACUUGCUCUUCCCUCUCAGAGCGUUCCUACGUUCGAGGAAUCCCAACCAAAGGACGAGGGAAUGUCUCCGCCCCGAGUUGAUCAUGGGGAUCAUUUGGAAAGCCUCUCCCGAAUGGCCCAGUACCCAGACCUUCAAAACACCAACCUAGUUUACCCAACACCACCAGAAGGAGCUACGGCAGCUGGAGCUAACAUCCCAAUCCAACAUGAUGCUUAUCCCGACAGCGAUCUUCUAUCUCCCGAGGUGCCGCAUGACACCAAACCCCUUCCAAGUUCUGGGCCAUCCCCAAAUGUUGACAUCGGGACUGGUCAUUACGAUGCGAGCGAUGACGAUGAUCUCUUUGGAGAAAUGAAUGACAAAGACUUUGGAUCCAAGGGAAUCACCGACGCAGAUUUCAGCUUUUUCGACGAUGACGAUCAAGAUCUCGGCGAUAUGGCGGAUCCCAUGCUCGUCGACCAACCUCAAGAAAUACCCCAAGAACCAGUCGAUACGAUUCACACCAAGCAUGAACCCCCUCACGUCCAGGAUUUACCUGCCGCGGCUGUUUCACCUGAAGCCCCAAAGGUGGAGGAUGAGCCCAAACCAGAGGAAACCUCCAUUUCAAUGAAAGAUGAUCCUGAGCCGGCUGACGAGCCAAUGGAGUUGGAGGAGUCAUCCGAACCAUCUCAGGGCCCACCUAGCCAAACCAUCAGUCCUCCGCUGAGCCCUGUGGAGAUUAAGAAGAUCCUUUUUCCUGGCUCACAGACUGAAGAUCGACGCCAAAGUCAAGAAGACCAGACUCAACAAGGCCACUACCAGCCCGUCGCCUUCCAAAGGAAACUAGGGGCCUGGGAUCAAAAGUAUGGAGCUGCAGGAAAAUUCUGGUUCUCUGCCGGGGGUGCAAUCAAUCCCUCAGUCAAUGAUUUGAAUGAAAUUCCAACCGUUGGCUUGCCAAAUCGUGCGCGAACAUCAAUUUCGGCAAGGAACAAGCCAGUUGCCAAAGACUUCUUGCAAGCAGUAGAAGACGAACGUGAACGGGACUCUUCGGAUUCCACCGAGAGUAGCAGCGAGGAGGAAGAGGACAGCGAUGACCUUCCUUUUGAUCAUGCAUCGACUCCCGUUGCUCUUCCUCAACUGAAAAGAAAGCGGGUUCCUUCGGAAUCUGAUAUACAGUCUGCAGCAUCUCCCGCCAUAUCAUCAGUUGUCGCCGACGGAGGCACGGGAAGCAAGGCCGAGAAUAUUACAUUCUUGGGCAAUUUUCUUUCCAACUUUUCCGAUUGGACUUUCACAGGUUAUUUCUCGGCUCUUCAGAUUCAACAACUUCCUGUCCUCAUUCGACGUGAAGAACAGAUCCCAAUCGCGCAGCUUCUUGUCGACCAAAUCACACAGUCAUCACUAAACCAUUCCUUGGGCCAGCAGGUCGGGUUAUUUGCGCUUGAGAGUGAAGGAACAUCAUUUACUGAAUGCUUCGACGAUGUAGCAUUCAUGGGUAAAAUUCAAAAACUGGACCUCAAGGGGUACACAUCUCUACAAGAAGACAAGACCCAAAGUUCUUCACAAUCCCAGCAGCCUACGAAGGAAUCGAGCAAGAACUCGAUUUCAAAGUUAUGCGCGCCGCAUCUACGGGUUCGUCGUGGCAAGGACUAUCUGGAAACACUUCCUCCUGCCAUGUCUUUUUGGGAGACAUUCGGCCUGGAACCAGCUCACGGGUCUAAAGAUAUAUCAGCUUACUGCAUUCAUCCUCAAGCUGCCGGUCAGGCAGCAGAGGCAUUCCUUCAUCGAUUCGGACUUUCCUAUGAAAGCUGCAAUUUCGGUACACAUUCACGAGGCGACAACUCGACGGGUUUCGACAACGGUCUCAAGUCGUGGGACUCUGAAUCGUCGGGCUACACUUCGAUGAUGCAAUCCCUCCUAGGCCUAUGUGAGGAACUGGCUGCGGAGCUCUCACAGGCUGAUGUUCCUACAACAAAUAAUAGUGUUGUCUACAUCAUCAAUCCCUUCCCUCAUGCAGCAGCUUUGGCGGACAUCUGUGCGGCUUUCUGGAACCUCUUCCAACAAUUGGUGGCCGAUGCUGAGCGCCGACAGUCCAAACAGGUCAAUGAAGUUGUCCUACAGAUCAUUCCGAUGGAAUUUGUCAUGUCAGAGGAGUCCAUGGUUAUGCCAACACAAACCGAAUAUGUGAACCUUGCGCUUGAAGUCUACAGCCGCUGUCGCCCGAAGGAUGCCGAAUCAAACCCUCUACUCUGCGCUCCAGCCAUCCUCCUAGCUGAGAAUCUGCCCAAGAAUCUCAACUUCCGCCUUUCCCCUGACAAGGUAUCCCCCUUGCAAGACGGGCGAAGCCUGCAUAUAGCGUACUCGAAGAGCUGUGACCAGCGUUGGGUGUCAGCAGCGUGGUCCGAUGGGACAGGAUCGCUCCAGACGAGCAUGUCUUACUGUCUUCGUUAUCGUAACAGGGGUUCCUCCCGGGCAGUGUCUGAGGUGCGCAACGAGAUUUGGGCUACUACAAAGCACAUUAUGGAUAAGUUCCAGGCUCGCUGGAAGGUUGUCCUAGUCAGUACCGACCCGAUGGACCCGGACGAGGUUGAUGCAUGGUCGAAUCUAGCGGAGCAGCAAAACAAGAUGCGACCAGCAUCCUUAGAGCUAACCAUCAUCACUGUCAACACCAUCCCCGACCUCACUCUUAACACCCCUGCCUCUUCAAUGAGCUCGGGUGUUCUCAACCCUCACUUCUCAUCUACACCCGUUUCGACCCCAAACCCAAAUACCAGCAUUGCAUCACCCGAGCAAGCCGGCAAUGCACCUACCCCAAGUGCAGUUUAUAACGCGUCGACGCCUACCGAGCCCUCUCUCGAACCAGACUCCGAUGUCGUCCUGACCGACGUCUGCGACGAUUCGUGGGCAGUUAUCCUCUCGCAUCGCCUCAACGCGUCUCCCCACGUCACCGAGCUUCGUCCCGCGCUGGUCAGCGGGUAUCUUCUUCGGCGCAAAGGCGCGACCGACAGUGAGGGUGUCUUCUCAAUGACGGUCAACCUCUUAUACAGCCAACGGCCAGCCAUCUCUCACGAGAGCGUUUUAGGGGACAUCCUCGCCAUGUAUCGGGACUUGUCGUGUCUUGCCCGAGCACGGGGUAUGCGCAGUGUGCAGGGCAACACGCUACCUUGGCAUAUAGCGACAGCUUUACGGGCGCAGGAGCUGCUCAGCUACGUUUUCUAAUUGAGAAUUUUCUCAGUGUGCUUUUUUUUCUUCUAUAUACCGUUGUUUUGGCGUUCGGAGAUUUUGAUCCACGAGGUGUGAAGGGUAUGGUUGCAUUGUACUGUGUUUAUGGUUAAGGGUUAGUGGAGAUACCAUUGGUGGCAUGGAUUUGAUUUUCCAGGAGCGUGUAACAUCC